AUGGGGCUUUGGGCUUGGACAUUAAACUAAAUGUUAACUCCUAAAUUUUGGACUUUAGUUUGAAGAGAAGGUAGUUUAAAGCCAAUAAAUUUAAGGAUUUUGUUAAACUGAUAUUAGAAUGCUCAGAGCUUAAUCAAGAUCGAGUCAUUAUGCUGGAGAUUAAAAUGGGCCUAUUUAAUGUGUUGAAUAAGAUUAAUAUGGCAACAAAUAUUAUGAAGACUUUGAUGUGACAGAUAUUCUUUGUGGACUAGAGAUUUUUAGAUAGAAAUUAAAGAAGAUAGGUCAAUAAAAUGAUUAUUUUAAUCCAUGGCAUACUCUUGAUGAUAUAGUUCCUCUAUUAUGUCAUCAUGGCAAAUGUCUAUGAUGAAGCUCCUUCCAGAACUUGCAAUUCUUACUUUGUUUAGCCAUUUUAUUAAAAACCUGCAACAGAUAAUCAAUCAAAAAAACUAAAUCAUUAUUUCCCUCAGGGAACAAUGAUAAAUUUGAAUAGAUUAGAAUUUAUGUAAAGUCGAUUAUGACAAUAUUUCAGCCAAUACCAUAGAGAUAGAAGAGCUACUCCUUCUGAACCAGGGCAAUCCUAAAGGUUUUGAGGAAAAAAAACACUAUUUGUUGAAAGAAAAAUUUUUUAGAGGAUGUAAUGUCAAAUAAAGAAUGAUUUAAUAACAAAUAUCUUAUAAUAGAUAAGCAGAUUUUUUUUUUUGA